AUGAUGAAGUAUUUGCUGGUAUUUGCAAUUAUUGCCACAAGAAUCUCUGUGUUGUUGGCGACUAAUGGUGGAGAUAAACAUGUGAAAGCUAACAAGAAGUUGACGAAAGAGGGAGCAGCGGCACUCUGUAAAAUGAAGCAUCUUGCUGAUAAAGUUGCAGAGGAGAGAUCACAAGAGUUGAAGGAUAGAACUCAAAAUUUUGCUGGUUAUAUAGAGUUCGAGUUGUAUAGAAUAGAUUAUUGGUUGGAAAAGCUGAACGGUCCGAAGGGGCGAAAAGACGGUUAUGCUAAGCUGUCUGACUCUGAUAUAGAAAAAGUAAAGGAGAUAUUCAACAAGGCAAAAGAUGGAAUAACUAAGCAACUCCCUGAGGCAAAGAAAGCCGGUGAGGAAGCUGAAAAACUACACACCGAAGUGAAGAAGGCCGCGAAGAAUGCACGCGGAGUGAGGUUAAGUGAAGGAACGAACUCUAGUGGCCUUUACAGGAUUUUGGAUUGGUAUUGUUUUAAAGAAGGGGAGAAUGCGGGUAAGAGCGACAACUGUGAUGGCGUCAAGUUCAGCGUGCAUUACGAAACGCACAGAAGAAGGAAUGUUAUUGACUGCAGCAGCACCGGCUAUGAGGAGAAUUAUGAUUGGUCUGCGAACGCGCUGCAGGUGGCCCUAAAUAGCUGGGAGAAUGUGAAGCCAAAAAAAUUGGAGUCAGCCGGGUCGGACAUGAAUUGCAACAUCGGCCAAUCUUCCGAGAGCCAUCCAUGCACCAUGACAGAGGAGUGGCAGACUCCAUACAAGGAAACUGUCGAAAAGCUAAGGGAACUUGAGGAUGCGUACCAAAGGGGAAAGAAGGCUCAUGAUGCUAUGUUGGGUUACGCUAAUACCGCAUAUGCUGUGAACACGAAAGUGGAACAGGAAAAGCCGCUGACAGAGGUGAUAGCGGCAGCCAAGGAAGCAGGGAAAAAGGGCGCGAAAAUUAUAAUACCCGCAGCUGCCCCAGCAACACCGACUAACAGCACAAAAAAUGAAGAUAGUGCUUCAACCGAGCAUGUUGAUAGAGGGAUUGCAACAAAUGAAACACAGGUGGAAGUUGGUAUUGAUGCUGACUUUGAUAGUCUCCUAGAUGCCACAGAGGCUGCAGAGGUAACGCGUAGACAUCAGAGAACAGCAAUGAUUAUAUUGGCAGUCCUUGUACCUGCCAUUAUUCUUGUGGUUACGGCCUUUGCAUUCUUCAUAAUGGUGAAACGAAGGAGGAAUAGCUCCAAGGAUGUGGACACCGGAAAAGCGGAGGGUGGGGUUUCUAGCGUAAAAGUAGUAAUGUAG